AUGAACGGGGUCCAGCGAGCAGGCAGUCAGUCCCCACCGCGGAGCGCAGACUCGCCCCCCUUAACCCUCUGCAAGAAGCCAAGCGGGCGGGCCGGGGACAACACCUUCGGGGAUGACAUCCGUCUCCACAAUCCAACGCUAACUCUGCAGAUUUCCCAUUUCCAGAAGCUGGACUUGGAUUCUCGGUGCAAAGUCAAGGAGUGUCCCUUUUCCUUGGAGGAGGUGUCCGUCUAUUUCACUGAGGAGGAAUGGGCCCUGCUGGAUCCGGGACAAAGAGCUCUGUACAGGGAAGUCAUGCUGGCUAAAUCUGGAAGCUCAGAAACUCCUUCUGGGCAAGAGCUCAGCUGUGGGGCAGAGGAUGAUCAGAGGAAUGAGGUGGGUGAAGACCUUCAUCAGCAAAUGCCAGAUAAAGUUAAAAAUGAAGACCUAACAGAAAAUGUCAGGAAUCAAGGCCAGCCUAAGAGAAAGAAAGGUGGCCAUGUGGUUGAGAAGCAAGGUGGAAGAAAGCGUAAUGUACUUUUUCCAAAGCAAAUGAUAGCGAAGGCAAGUAAAUCCAUUCAGCACGGAAAGUACUUCAGAAAUAGAUCGCAGCUCCGUGUGCACCGAAGUAUACACAGAGGGGAGAAACCUUUUGAGUACUCGGAGUAUGAAAAGAAAUUCAGUCAGAGUUACAGUCUUCAGGAGCACCAAAAAACCAACACAGGGGAGAAACUGUUUGGAUGCUCAGUAUGUGGGAAGAGAUUCAGUAGGAGUGGCACUCUUCAACUGCACCAAAGAAGCCACACAGGGGAGAAACCUUUUGAAUGCUCAGAGUGUGGAAAGAGAUUCAGUAGGAGUGGCACUCUUCAACUGCACCAAAGAAGCCACACAGGGGAGAAACCUUUUGAAUGCUCAGAGUGUGGAAAGAGAUUCAGUAGGAGUGGCACUCUUCAACUGCACCAAAGAAGCCACACAGGGGAGAAACCUUUUGAAUGCUCAGAGUGUGGAAAGAGAUUCAGUAGGAGUGGCACUCUUCAACUGCACCAAAGAAGCCACACAGGGGAGAAACCUUUUGAAUGCUCAGAGUGUGGAAAGAGAUUCAGUCACACUGGCCAUCUUGAACUGCAUCAUAGAAACCACACAGCAGAGAAACCCUUUGACUGUUCAGUGUGUGGAAAGAAAUUUAGUCACAGUGGCACUCUUCAGCUGCACCAAAGAACCCACACAGGGGAGAAACCUUUUGAAUGUUCAGAGUGUGGAGAGAAAUUCAGUAGGAGUGGCCAUCUUCAUCAGCAUCGGAGAACUCACACAGCUGAGAAACCCUUUGAAUGUUCAGUGUGUGGAAAGAGAUUCAGUCAGAGUGGCAAUCUUCAAGUGCACCGAAGAACCCACACAGGGGAAAAACCUUUUGAAUGUUCAGUGUGUGGAAAGAGAUUCAUUGUGAGGGGGAAUCUUCAACGGCAUCAGAGAACCCACACAACAGAGAAACCAUUUGAAUGCUCAGAGUGUGGAAAGAAAUUCAGUCAGAGUUUCAAUCUUCAGCAGCACCAAAUAACCCACACAGGGGAGAAACCUUUCGAAUGCUCUGAGUGUGGAAAGAGAUUCAGUCAUAGUGGCAAACUUCAAUUGCACCAAAGAACCCACACAGGGGAGAAACCUUUUGAAUGCUCAGAGUGUGGAAAGAGAUUCAGUCGGAGUGGCCAUCUUCAACAGCACCAAAGAACCCACACAGGGGAGAAACCUUUUGAAUGCUCAGAGUGUGGAAAGAAAUUCAAUAGGAGUGGCAAUCUUCAACAGCAUCAGAGAACCCACACAGGGGAGAAACCCUUUGAGUGUUCAGAGUGUGGAAAGAAAUUCAGUCAGAGUGUCAAACUUCAACUGCAUCAAAGAACCCACACAGGGGAGAAACCUUUUGAAUGCUUGGAGUGUGGAAAGAGAUUCAGUCAGAAUGGUCAUCUUCAGCUGCAUCAGAGAACCCACACAGGGGAAAAACCUUUUGAAUGUUCAGAGUGUGGAAAGAGCUUCAGUCAGAGUGGUCAUCUUCAACUGCAUCAGAGAACCCACACA